AUGUUCGAAAUAAAAGGAGACGAAAAAAGGUCACUACAAAUGAACUUGAAGUGCUUUCCGCUACUCUACGUAAAUAUGGCCGGCGAGAUGAUCUAUAUUCUGGAGCAGAGACUCAAGAGUCAGAAGGAUAUUUCGGAGAAAAAAAGCAACAUUGUACUUCACGACAUCAUCAGUCAUACCCUCAAACACAAGUAUCUUCUUGAGAUUUUUAAACCUCAACAAAUGCUCUCACGCCGACAAAUGCAGGUAUUAUUCGAGCGACUUGCACAUUCUAGCAUUAUGCGACUGAGUGAAAACAGUAUGGAAAAACUGUUCGAUCUGACACUAAUGAUCACAAAAUAUCAAGUCCUAUCUGUGAUUACGCCUGAACAGAUAUUAACUGUCACUAUGAAUCAUCUGAGUGGGAUGAAACGGAUCGCGAAGCAAGAGAACAACAUCCAUGAGCUUAUCCGAGACGCUCAUGCAAUGUUUCUAAUGCUCUAUGGGCCAGUACCGAUAACUGAAUGGAGUAUGAUACGGUAUCAAAUGCUCAACUUCUUUCAGGACUGCCAUGUGAGAGUUUCGAUUCUUAUUAGAGACGAAAAACAGCUUUCGGACGGCCACUUUGUCUAUUUACCGACCAAAGACCCGGUUGCACUUCCACCAGAUGUGCAAACACCAGGAUUAACGAAGUACUACGAGAACGGCGAGUUUGUAAAAUCCACUCAGUGGCCGGUGAUUAGGAACUACGUUCCUCUUCAGAAUCCGGAAGAUCGCAGUCUAGACGCAAAAGUUCGUUCAACGACGCUUGGCACGAGCAUUUUUGUCGCAGAAAAGAGUGUGAACAUCAACGGUGGUGGUGGUGUUGUGAAAGCUGAAUCGGUACAAUACGGAGAUGAGAUGAAGCUGCUUCAGUCAUUGCUUGGUGAAACCCUUAAAACCGACAGCGAGCUUGAUUUGAAUAUGUUCGACUCGACAGUCGAGGAAAAGACGUAUGUGAAGGAAACUGAAGCGCUUCUUAAGAAUGUUCUGAAGAUCGAUGCUUCCAAAGACAAAAAGUCGAUAUCGGCUACUAUGUCGGAGACAGAAACUUUGCAACAUGAAAUUGACGGUUUCUCGUUAAAGAUCUCGUUCCAUGGGGCAAUGAUGGCACCAAUGAAUUUAUUCAGUGAAGACCAUGGUCCCAGUGGGAGUUUCUCAUGA